CUGAACACGAUUCGCUGGUCACUGGGGAGGAAAUGGCACCAUAUUAAGCAGGAAUGGCACCAUUUCUUCGCGCAGCCCAGCGCAAGAUUGGAGAGCGUCACCUUCACUGGUGUUCCGGGACUUCCUGGCAUAUCGACGAUGACGAGGUGCUACAAGGAAAAGCCUACAAUGGCGCGCUAGCGCGCGCAAUCGAUCGCAGUGCAGAUGCCACUCGUUGGAAGGUGCGGGGUCGCUACGGCAAAGAUCAUCUCGUUGUUGGGUCUGAAAUUAGCUUGAAGCCCGAGAAUAUCAUCGUUGUUGGCGCUCGAUUGAAAGCUGCGUACGAAUCUACAAAGCAGGACCCGUGCGCAGGCAUUGAAAAUUUCCCUCGUUUGUCGAAAAGCCAGGCAGAGAAGCUCAGCAAGCAAAUGCGAAAUGCUUUGGACCAUAUGAACCAGUCUGCUAGUGGUCAAGAAGGAAAAGAAAGCCAAAGCUUAAACCUCCAAAAAGACAUGAUAAACGGAAAGUGGAACUAG